UCGAACGCACUUAAUACGCUGUAUUAUAAAUAAAGAGUAUAGAUAGGUAUAGUUUUUAAUCGAGUGUACGCAAAUAUAUUGUUUUCAUUGCCUUAUCGAAAUUUACUAUGUAAAUUGUGUCCACGUCCCAGUGAUGUAUUGUUACUCGAAACGAUGCUCUAUAUAAGAUACGGGGGAAAGCGCGGUAUUUCGUUGCUAUUUAAUUUGGUUCCGAGAGCUCUCUAUUCACGUCGAAGCGACAGAAGCACAAGUACCUUUUUAGACAAGGUUGUCAAAUCUAAUGGUGACUCCUUGGACGGUGAUAUUGACAACAAUGCAUGGGAUACCAAUUCUAACUGGAAAUUGUUAACACCAAGAGGCUUCCGAUUUUAUCUUCCUGGAAGCGUAGGACCUGCUUGGUUAGAUGCUACAACCACUGCCCAAGUUAAGACUUAUUUUGAUGAAGCAUCUGAAGAAGAAGCAUUAAUAGAAUCUUUAAAUAAUGAAAAUGGAUAUCAAAGAAGUCAGAGAAAUUGGAAAGUCAUGCAUCCAAUGUUAGAUUAUGUAGCGCAAGAAUGUCCUGUUCUCUUGCGAAAAAGCAUAGAAGAAUUAUUUCCAGAAUGCUUAGACGUGACCUCAUCGCAACUCACUAUUAUAACUAUUAAUCAGAAGGCAAAUCUUAAAUCAAUGAGAUGGCGUAAGGAAAUCGAAACAGAGAAACUUGCCAAAUUUUUUGUUUUAGCAGCCUGGAAUAUAUGCACCAAGCUCAAGAUGGCUGGUUAUUGGGCAGACUUUAUUAAUCCCUUUAGUGGACAACCCCACUUGAGUUCGCGAAAGAGCGUCAACUUGUAUGAAACCGAUGAACGAUUUCGCUGUGUAGGAUUUAAAAUAAAACAAAGAAACAAUUGCAAAAUUAUUACAUUUGACAAUAGUCUACAAAAUUUUAUUGGAAGCCUUUACACCACAGCACCGCCAAACAUUGAGUUUUUAGAACAAAUAAUCAAUGAUGAGGAUCAAUAGAAAUAUAUACAUGUAUAUAAUAUAUAAAGAAAAAUAUUUAGUUUACUUAUAUUGACCGAUCUAUCUUUAAAAUUGAAAAAAUAUUGCGCAU